AAACCUGAUGCCAAAAGUAUGGAACCAUUGUAUGAAGGCGGAGAUGCAAUAGCGAUGGUGAACUUUCUUUGGGAGUAUGAGGCCUAUGCCAAAAAUAGAGGAUGGGAUGAUAACAUAAAAUCGGCACGUGUCAUGUUAUAUGUGACAAAAAGUGAGUUGACAUGGGUAAAACAGGCAAUUAAACGCACAAAAACAUGGAUCGAAUUACGGCAAAGGUUAUUUGAUAUAGCAAGCUAUGUUGCUAUGACGAACGAUCGGAUGGAAUAUGAGGAUUGUGGAUUGAAAGGCAUUGAGCAAGUUGAUGAUAAUAAAAUAAACAAAAGAGUGACGAAUAUAGUUAGUAAAACGAAUAAUAGAAAGAAACAGACAACAAAAAUAAAGAUUGCAAAUGUACCUGACGCAAAUGAGU